UUUAUCACCGAAAACCUCCGCGUCCGGGGAUUAAACGUAUUUGUCUGCAGACUGUGCCGCCGGAAAGGUUCGCCUUCCGUUUGUACAUAAAGGUCACCCGGAGGAUGGUCCCGACGCUGCGCUCCAGAGGUGAUGUGAGUUGAAGCGGUGGGGAAGCCGCAGAGGAGCUGUCCGUCUGUCGAGGUGCUGAUGCGGCUGUGACAGAACCGAGCAUGGCUGCCGGGAAGUUGCUGCUCUACGCCGGCCUCUCUCUUUCUCUUUGCGCCCUGGGCAUGCUGGCCGUGGCGAUGUGCUCCGACCACUGGUACGAGACAGACGCCAGACGGUACAGGGAGCGGUGCCGAAGCUUUUCCAGCCGCCGCAAGGACCCGGGCUUCAUCUACAUCCCCAACAACAGCCUACCGCUGCGGGCCAGCCGGAGCAGCGUGUCCCGCUGGCAAGAGAAGCUGCUUCUGGCCCGGAACAGACGGCAGCUGUUCGCCAUGAGCGCCGCAGAUGAAUGUAGUAGGCAGUAUAACUCCACCAACAUGGGGCUGUGGAGGAAAUGCCAUCGGCUGGCCUUCGACCACGAAAUCGAAGAGAGCAUCCGGAAAG